CAGCACUUGUCUGAACAGGCGCGACCAAGACUCCCGAGACCCAACCCCACACCUAGCCAGACGGGGAACAAGGCGCACACGUCACGAGCAAAGAGAUGGGCGCCUGCGUCUCCUUCUCGCGCUCGCCGCCGGCGUCGUCAGCACCGGAGCCAGAGGCGUCCCAGUCCCAGCGAACGGCGGCCACGGUCAAGGUUGUGAACCUGGACGGGUCCAUGGCGCAGCUGGCGGCGGGGCCGGUCACGGCGCGCGAGGCGCUGGCGGCACCGGCACCGGCACCGGGCGACGACGGCGGGCGCCACCGCGCGUCGUCGUCGCCGCCGCCGCCGCCGCGGGUCUUUCUCUGCAGCGCCGACGAGCUGGGCUUUGACGCGCCCCCGCGCGCGCUGGCCGCGGGCGAGGCGCUCCAGCCGGGUCAGCUCUACUUCGUGCUCCCGGCUUCUGCACUGCGCCGGCCGCUGUCCGCCAACGACAUGGCCGCGCUCGCCGUCAGGGCCGCCACGGCGCUCGCCGCCGCCGGUGGCUUGUCACCGCGGCGCGAUAAACAGGGCGGAGCGACGCAGGCGAGCAAGCGGCGGCGGCGGUCGACGGCGCGAGUGGCUCCGCUUCUGGUCGCCGUGAGCAGCAAAGAGGGCACGCCUGAUGGUGAUGGUGCUCGGAAGAACGACGUGACCACCGCGGUUCAGGACGGUGAACGCACGGUGGGGAAGACGAGGAAGAGAGCUGCUGGUUACAGAACCGGCGGUUCUCGCCGUCGUGCCGUCGUGCAGAGGUUAAGCGCUAUCGCGGAAGACGGCGAGUGAUCCAUCCGUAUGUUCGGCUCAGGUGUUUUCAUCCUUGCUGCGCUGCAUGGACGGUGCGACAAGCGAUGGAUCAGGUUUUGAUCACGGGCCGGGCAAUGCCUGGCUCCUCCGUGUUUGAAGAUAGGAGGAGAUCGAAGCGAACAUGAACGCCAAUGUAUAGUGCGUAGAAAUUACAGGCUACCACUGCGAUUCUUUCGUGUGUAACAUGGUAAUUUGGGUUAUGGAGACCCAUGGACCAACAACAACGUGAUAAACCGAUAAUUACAAAUUUACAAUACACCUCGCCCUUGUUGA